UGUGUGUGUGUGUGUGUUUGUGUCUGUGUGUCUCUGUGAGUGUGUGUGUUUUCAGCCCGCGGAGGGUCCCGCGCCGGAGGCUGCAGGAUUGUGGAGCGCUCAAAGCCCCAGCUGCGCUCUGCCUGGAAACACGCUGAGCUCCACACUGAACACCAGCGCCAAACCGGCCCGAUCACACACCAUCGAGGUGAUGAACAGAGAUUCCACUUCCUGUGCGGCUCAGGGCACCAUGUUCCACUUCCUGUCCAAACUCCGCCGCCACGCCAGCCUGGAGGGAGCGGGUCCGUUCUGGAGACUGGACACCAGAGGUUCUCCGCGGAGACGUGCAUUUCAGAGGCAGCGGGCAGCCAGCGAGACUCUGGAUCGUGUAGAAGAAACCUUGCAGGGUGGAGUCAGCGACUUCUUGUUGCGAAAACCCACCGCGCUGCCUCAGGUGGAGCCGCCAAGACGCCUCUCAGCCGGUUCUUUGGAUGCAGGAGCUCCUCCUGCCCUCAGCAGGUACGGCUACAUCACCUCAGGAGCUCUUGUCAAAAUAUCCUAA